UGUCACACUUGGUAAGUUAACACUCGUCUCACACCACCAGCCAACGGGUUCACACUCCACAGAUAUUUAUGCCGCUGCUAUUUGCACCGAGGCGAACCACGAGGCAGUUUAGAGGCCCGGGUUUCCAAGCAACCGAGCUGAGAGCUGGAAGAUAAGGAAGUAAUGUGACCGUGGUACAGCAGGUUACGCUCACUCUGCUCUCUGUUUGCAUAUCCCCUCCUCAUCCUCAUCCCCUCCUCCCACCACCCACCAUCCUUUUCCUGCCUGUCCUCUCCCGCUCCUAUAACUUUGAUUCAGUGAAAGAUGCAGAUGAGUCAUUAAGAUGCACUUGCCAUGUGACACUUAAAUUGAGUUAUGUGAUUAUCUGCCAGUGCAGGAUGUAUGGUAAUGGUGAUGUAGUUGAGAGCAGAGGCACCUGGGUCACUCUUCAUGUCUGCCUGCAAGACGGUGGCCUCUGUUUAAACAAAAACAAAGCAAAAACCAUACGUUUGUGUGGGAUAUUUGAGCUUUCAGUACGAUUCUGCUCAGGCCCCAAAAGGCCUCUGUGUCUGAAUGUUUGUUCUUGGUGUUUCUAAUGUCAGUUAGCACUUUUUUCUCUCUCUCUCUUCAUCAUCUUCUUCCUAAUCUGAGUGCUGAAAUGGCAGAGAUUAUGUGUUUGGCAGCAGUUGGCAUCUAUAAUGUUGCAUCACUGCCGUCCUCCUCUUUGCCUUUUAUUUUUCUUCCUUGAUUCCCUCUCUCUGAAUGAAGUUUUACGCGUAAAUUCUCUACUUCUGUGGUUAAAAAUACAAACAAAUGUCAUCAAAGUGAAACCUAAAUUCACGUGGAUGGUCCUCGUGCUGCCCUGCCCCCGCUGCUUUGCAGAUGAUUGAUCCUUUGGGGCUUUUAACAUCAUGUUGAGCCCGCAGACCGUCGUGCGUCAGGUGCUCUGGCUAAUGAUUGACAGAUUUGUCAGGACUGGUGUGGUGGUGGUGGUGGCUUCACAGCUGGCUGCCUGCCUCACAAACACUGCAGUCUUAUCCACCGAGAGCCUUCCUCAAGCAUGGUGAGGUGAAGAGUUGACGUCCCUAUGCAGCACAGACCGGUGCCAUGAGCGCUCUGCUCAGCCUCCUCGCAGGUGUCGUCCUCGCGGCCUCCGCGGCCGCGAUACCCAACGCGGGUCUCAAAACGUGGGGUCGUUUCAGUAAACUGCCGUACCCCGGAGACCAGGCGUUCCUCUACGACACGUUCCCCAGAGACUUCAUAUGGGCAGUGGGCACGGCGGCCUACCAGGUGGAGGGCGCGUUUGAGAAGGACGGGAAGGGGCUCUCCAUUUGGGACACUUUUACGCGCGGCGGAAACCGGAUCGCCACCGGGGACGUGGGCAGCGACAGCUAUCACAACAUCCAGGCCGACGUCCGCGCCAUCCGGCUGCUCGGGGUCAGCCACUACAGGUUCUCCCUGUCCUGGUCCAGGAUAUUCCCCAACGGCACCCGCGGGAGCUACAACGAAAUUGGCACCAACUACUACCGGACGCUGCUCAAGAGGCUGAAGGAGAUCCGCGUGCAGCCCGUGGUGACGCUGUAUCACUGGGACCUGCCCGACCACCUGCAGCAGCACUUCGGCGGCUGGAGCAACCCGGAGCUGGUGGACAUUUUCAGGGACUACGCCGAUUUCUGCUUUGAAACGUUCGGGGACGACGUCAAGUACUGGAUCACCAUUGAUAACCCGUUUGUGGUGGCGCGCCAUGGUUAUGGCACCGGGGUGGUCGCUCCCGGGAUCAAGAGUGACCCUGAUCUGCCGUUCCGGGUCGGACACAAUCUGCUAAAGGCUCACGCAGCCGCGUGGCAUCUCUACGACCGGCACUACCGACCCCGUCAGCAGGGCAAGCUGUCCAUGGCGUUGGCCUCCCACUGGAUCAAGCCCAGUCGCACCCGCCUGGAGAGCCUGCGAGAGUGCCAGUGCUCCCUGGACCAUGUCCUGGGCUGGUUCGCGCGGCCGCUGUUCACAGACGGCGACUACCCCCCCUGCAUGAAGGCCCGCCUCGGCUCCCGCCUGCCCUCCUUCACGCAGGAGGAGAGGGAGCAGGUGAGGGGGACGGCGGAUUUCUUCGCCCUCUCUCACGGAGCGGCCCUGAGCUUCCAGCUCAUCAACGACAGCCUGAAGUUUGGGCAGCACGAGGAUCUGGACCUGAGGAUGCUGCUUUACUGGGUCAAUGCCGAGUACGACAAGCCGCCCAUCUUUGUGGUGCAGAGCGGCUGGUACGUCCUCGGCAACACCAAGACGGAAGACCCAAAACACAUGUACUACCUCAAGAGAUUCAUUGCAGAGGCGCUGAAAUCGAUCGUCAUCGAUGGCGUGAACGUGAUCGGAUACACGGCCUGGUCCCUGAUCGAUGGCUUCGAGUGGCACAGGGAGUAUGGGAUACGACAGGGGCUCUACUACGUCGACUUCAACACGCCGGACAUGAAGAGGGAGCCGAAGACGUCUGCCACCUUUUACAGGAACGUCAUCCAGAGAAGUGGUUUCCCAGAGCUCCCGGAGAACAGACCGGCACAGGGAGUCUUCUCGUGCGAUUUCGCUUGGGGCGUAUCGGCCAACUCCAUACAGGUGGAGACCGUGCCCAGCCAGUUUGCAGACCCCAGCGUUUAUCUUUGGAACAUCUCCAACAACGGAGCUCUGACGAGGCUGGAGGGCUUCAGUGCCCCGACGCUGCGACGCACCGCACACUGCGCCGACUACGCCACGAUCCGACAACAAGUGGAUGAAAUCCGGCAGGUGGGCGUGAACCACUUCCACUUCUCUCUGAACUGGUCGGCCCUGGUGCCGACGGGCGACGUGUCUCGGCCGAACGCCACGCUUCUGGGCUACUACCGCUGCUUCACCCGUCAGCUGCUGAAGGCCAACGUCACGCCCGUCGUCACGCUGUGGCACCACACGCGCCAGCGCAGCAGCCUGCCGGCCUCGCUGGACACGGCCAACAAGUGGUUGAACAGAGAGACGCCCGAGGCCUUCGCCGACUACGCCAGACUCUGCUAUAGAGAACUCGGCGCUCACGUGAAAAUGUGGAUCACCCUGAACGAGCCCAACGACGAGACGGUGAGCUACGAGGAGGGUCACCAGAUGCUCCGCGCGCACGCUCUGGCCUGGCGGGCGUACGACGGCGAGUUCAGACACACGCAGAGAGGACAGGUGUCUCUGGCUCUGUACAUGGACUGGGUGGAACCAGCCUUCUCCUUCAGCCGCGAGGACGUUGAACCCGCUAAAAGGGUCUUAGACUUCCGCGUCGGCUGGUUUGCGGAGCCCAUCUUCGGCAGCGGGGACUACCCCGUGGGAAUGAGGAGCUGGAUGCGACAGCUCAACUCACUUGACCUGCCUGUCUUCAAUGAGGAGGACAGACAGCUGGUUAAAGGGACAUACGACUUCUUCGCCAUCAGCCACUUCAGUACCAAGUUGGUCACACAUGCCAAGGAAGACUCGUACACAUACACGGAAAUUUUAGAGGUCCAGCACAUGAUCGACACCACAUGGAUCAUGUCCCCGAGGCCUGUUGUGCCCUGGGGGCUGAGGAAGGCCCUCAACUGGGUGAAGGAGCACUACUGCGAUGUGCCCGUCUACGUGAUGGCUAACGGGGUCCAGGAAGACCCGGCCCGCUUCAAAGACAGCCUGAGAGUCUACUACCUGUACAACUACAUCAACGAGGCGCUCAAAGCGUAUAUCCUGGACGGCGUCAACCUGAAGGGCUACUUCGCGUACGCCCUGAGCGACCAGAGAGACCCCGGCUUCGGUCUGUACGGCCAGGUGCACGAAGAAGUCAUCGACAAGGCCUCGCUCUUCAACUACCGCAACAUCAUCCAGCACAACGGCUUCCCCAUCCAGGGCGCGGCGCGGCAGCAGUGUCCCAGCUCGCCGCCGCCAUGCCUGGGCUGCUACGUUCUGGUGAAGAGGCCCGUGGUGGGAUUCUUGACUAUCGUGGGUUCGGGCGUGCUCAUCACCCUGUGCCUCAUCAUCUACUACACGGCCAAGAGACACAAGGAGUCUUACUGAGGAUUUUGACUCAAAGACUUGUUUUUUUAUAUAUAUAUACUGUAUAUAUAUAUUCUCCUAAUGUGACGAGUUUAUUCUCGAAAGAUUAAAUGUUUUUUUUCCUUUUCAGUUUGCCCCUAAUACUCUGUUGUAGUUUCCCAAUCCUGGUCCUCUUAUGUCAGAUGUUUCCUUGCUCCUCGCAACACACCUGAUUCAAAACGAGUGCGUUGUCGUCAGGCUUUUGCAGAGCUCGACGAUUUGAAUCAGGAAACCUCUAAAAUAAGAGGACCAGGAUUGGGAAACACUGAUAUAGUUAUAACUGAUCUGAGGUAAUCUCUACAUUUCAUUAACACAUGUUUUUAGUGGCUUAAUUGUACGUCUCCCUGAACUGCCGUGUGAUCUGAUUGGGGAUUAAAUGGGGCCCAGAGGAGUUGCAGAAGUGUGUCUUGGAUUACUUUAUUUAAAUUAUGCUGAAAAGUUAUUGUGGAAUUGUUGAUUAUUAAUUAAUCUGUAAACCUUUUGAAAUAAGUACUUAAUAGACAUACCCUCACAUUCCAACUGUUAAUAAAUGUUAUGUACCUUUGGUGUACAUUUAUUUGAAAGGA